AUGUCCAAGCACUGUGAAGAAUUUCAAGUCAGAUCUUGCCCGUCAGAUCACUUCAAGGCACUCAUCUUUGUGCUGAGUCUACAGAGUGAGAAGGAUGUGUACAUUCGCGAACAACUUCUGACAAAACUCGAAACGCUCCCCGCGGAACAAAUCAAUCUCGAAUUUCUCACUGAUGAGGCGCGACGCCUGGCCAAUGCAAAACAGGAUUCUCGACAGGGUGUCUCUGGCGCCAAAGAGAUAAAAGCCAUCAAAAAGGAUCCUCCUGCAGCAAAAGGGAAUGCGUCCAAACCCAAAAGCAAAGCUUCUGGCCAACAAGGGAAGCCGCCUCGCCCAUGUUUCAAGUGCGGUGACAUGCACUUCGUAGCUGACUGUCCCCACAAAAACUCUCGCUGCGACGAAUGCAAUCAAGUGGGCCAUAAAACGUCUUAUUGUCCACCUACGCGAGACGAUUCAUCAAAGAAACCCAAGAAAUUUCAGCAAAAGAAGAAGACUGGCAACGCAAACGCAGUUUACUCUAUCAAUGCUGCUUCCCUCGUGGACAGGAAAUUUCUUACAGUGCGUGUCAACAACAACGCAAUCCAAUUCCAAUUUGAUACCGCUGCGGAUGUGACGAUCAUCACACGCGAUACAUGGAAACAGAUUGGCUCGCCUUCUUUGAAGAAUACUCACAUUGGUCUCAAGGACGCACAGACCAACCCGAUGAACAUUUCCGGUGAGUUAUUUUGCAAUGUUUCUUUCCGUGGUCAGGAAAAGCGUAUUCGCGCAUUUGUAUCGGAAGCCGCAAAUGCAAACCUAUUUGGCAUUGAGUGGAUCAGCGCAUUCAAUUUGUGGGAUGUUGCACCAACGGCAUUCUGCAACGCUGUCAACGCGAAUUUCGACAAGGAUGCUGCUGUGAAAGAGUUGCAAAACUCUUUUCCCGCUGUCUUCAAUGAGGAACUUGGGAUGUGUACAAAGUUCACGGCUUCUAUUCAUCUCAAGGAGGGUGCCACUCCAAUUUUUCGUCCGAAACGAGAAGUUGCUUUUCACGCACGCGAGCUUGUGGAUGAAGAACUCCAAAGACUUCAAGCGACUGGUGUCAUCUCCCCAGUUGAGUAUUCACCUUGGGCUACUCCAGUUCUCGCGACUCGCAAGCCAAAUGGUCGCAUUCGUAUCUGUGGAGACUACUCUACAGGUGUGAAUGAGUCAAUCGAAACGCACAAUUACCCCAUUCCCGGCCCAGAUGAACUUUUCGCAAAAUUCUCUGAUACUCGCGUUUUCUCCCACAUCGAUCUCUCAGACGCUUAUUUGCAAGUACCUGUUGACGAAGAGUCAAGCAAAAUUCUGACAAUUCACACCACACGUGGCUUGUUUAGAUUCAACAGACUCCCACCUGGUAUUCGAUGCGCCCCAGGUAUUUUUCAGGAACUUGUUGAGACCAUGCUGGCGGGAAUAAAUAACGUGAUCGUUUACUUCGAUGAUAUUUGCGUAGCGACCCAAACUGAGCAAGAGAAUCUUGUCGUUGUCAAGAAGGUUCUCCAACGACUCGAAAACUUUGGAUUUCACGUCAGGAUGGAGAAAUGCAAAUUUUUUUCCUCUGAAAUCAAGUUCUUGGGCAUCGUCGUAGAUGAAUCCGGACUGCAUCCAGACCCAGAGAAAGUCGCUGCAAUUCGCGACAUGCCAGCACCAAAAAACGCGUCCGAAGUCAAGAGUUUUUUGGGUGCCAUACAGUUUUGGGGAAAAUUCAUCAAAUCGAUGGGUGAUCUUCGCGCCCCUCUGGAUGCUCUGCUGAAGAAAAACACACCUUUCCGUUGGACUGCGGAAUGUGAGAGCGCUUUUCAGAAAUUUAAAGAAAUCCUCACAUCUCCAAUGCUUCUCACUCACUACAAUCCGAAGUUGCCAAUCCUCAUCGCUGCCGACGCAUCGUCUCACGCAAUUGGUGGCGUGGCUUAUCAUCAGUUCCCUGACGGAUCAAUGAAGGCUUUUUAUCACGUUGCGAGGAAACUUACGGAUGCUGAGAAAACGUACUCUCAGAGCGAGAAGGAAGGUUUGGCUCUGGUCCAUGCUGUGAAGAAAUUUCAUAAAUACAUUUAUGGCAGACAGUUUACACUGUACACCGACCACAAGCCAUUGCUCACAAUUUUCGGAUCAAAGAAAGGCAUACCCGUUCAUACAGCCAAUCGAUUGCAACGCUGGGCAUUGGUUCUUUUGGGAUAUCAUUUCGACAUCAAAUAUAUCUCAACGGAGAACUUUGGACACGCUGACAUCCUGUCCAGAUUGAUUGCAAAUCAUCCGAGGUCUGAAGACGAGUACAUCAUUGCCCAACUUAAACUCGAAGAGCACCUUGACUCAACGAUCAUCGAUGACGUCGUAUCUCAUUUGCCAGUGAGCUACAAGAUGAUUCGUUCUGCAACGGAGAAUUGUCCAACACUUCAGCAGGUCUCAAAAUACAUUGUUGGAGGAUGGCCUAGUACACCGAAAUCCAUCACCAAUGAUGAACUCAAGCGCUACUACCAGAUCAGAGACUCCUUGUCUUUGAACAACAACUGUGUGCUUUAUCAUGAAAGGAUUGUGAUUCCACAGCAAUACCGCGCAAAAAUCCUUAAGCAGUUGCAUUCAUCACACCCGGGAAUCACCAAAAUGAAAUCGCUUGCAAGGAGCUACGUCUAUUGGCCUGGAUUGGAUGCAGAUGUGCAACAUGUCGUGAAAACUUGUCAGGAUUGUGCGAUAGCAGCGAAAUCACCAAUCAAAUCCGAGUUGUAUUCAUGGCCGCUUGCUACACGUCCAUGGCAACGUGUUCAUAUUGAUUACGCUGGACCUGUCAAUGGAAGUUACUACCUCUUGGUCAUCGACGCACUGACCAAGUGGCCAGAAAUUUUUCGCACGACAACCACUACAUCAAGCUACACGAUCUCCAUGCUCACGGAAACCUUCGCACGCUUUGGUUUGCCUGAAGUCAUCGUCACAGACAAUGGAACGCAAUUCACUAGCGCUCAAUUCAGUGAAUUUUGCAAGUCCAAUGGCAUCAACCAUAUUCGUACAUGCGUGUAUUCUCCAAGCAGCAACGGACAGGCAGAGAGAUUCGUGGACACUCUCAAGCGCGCUUUGAAGAAAAUGGACAACGACCACUCUGCUGAAGUGGCUCUACAAAAGUUUCUCUCAACCUAUCGCAUUACUCCUAACGAGAACGUUCCUCAUGGAAAAUCUCCGGCUGAGAUCAUGUUUGGACGUCGACCGAGGACAAUCUUUGAUCUCCUCGCACCACCUACUGAACCGACUGACCCUGUGCGCAAUCAGAAGAUGGAGGAACAGUACAAUGCCAAACAUGGUGCAAAGCGACGUACUUUCGAAAGGAAGGAGGGAGUGUAUGUGAAGAAGUAUUUUCCCGGAGGAAGAUUCAAAUGGGUUGAAGGAGAGAUCAUUGAGCGAAAGGGUAAUGUUAUCUACACCGUACGCUUGCCCAAUGGUAGCAUUAUUCGCGCUCACGUCAAUCAAAUGAGACCACGCUACGAGGAUUCGCACAACUCUUCUGAUGCACAGUCUCCUUCAAAUCAAACAUCUCAGACUGCUGACCCAGAAAAUUCUGAGAGUGAUGACGAUUUGCCAUUGUGGUUGGUUCACCAGGAUACAGCUCAAUAUCUCAUGAAUUCUUGUAUUAAAUUAAUCAGUGAAAUAAAGUAUUGA